AGCCGCCUAAACAGUUGUUGGAAGUAAAAGUGGACCAUGCGCUCUGCUGUGUGUGUAUGUGUGUUAACAGUAAGCUAGCUGUAGCUUUCAGACUAGCAUCUAAUCGUGGACCACUUUGUGCAAAAACUUCUAUCCAGUACUCGCAAUGCAAGCAAGGAAGAAGAGGACAAGGCCCAGGAAACCUGGCAAAAAACCAGAACCUCACGGUCGUGGAGGCGGCUCUCAGCCGGGCCAGGCAGACUCUCCACUCCCAGAGCAAGAUGAGGAGAUCUUAGGCUCUGAUGACGAUGAGCAGGAGGACCCCAACGACUACUGCAGGGGUGGAUAUCACCAUGUGAAGAUUGGAGAUCUGUUCAAUGGGAGAUACCAUGUGAUCCGCAAGCUGGGCUGGGGGCACUUCUCCACCGUGUGGCUGGCCUGGGACAUCCAGGAGAAGCGCUUUGUGGCCAUGAAGGUUGUAAAAAGUGCUGAACAUUACACAGAGACGGCUCUGGAUGAGAUCAAGCUGCUCAAAUCGGUGAGAAACACAGAUCCAAGUGACCCCAACAGAGAGAGAGUGGUGCAGCUUCUAGAUGACUUCAAAAUCUCCGGCAUGAAUGGGACUCAUGUGUGCAUGGUUUUCGAGGUGCUGGGUUAUCACCUGCUGAAGUGGAUCAUCAAGUCUAACUAUCAAGGCCUCCCCCUGCCCUGUGUUAAAAGCAUCAUACGACAGGUUCUGCAGGGUCUAGACUACCUCCACACCAAGUGCAAGAUCAUCCACACAGACAUCAAACCAGAGAACAUCCUGCUGACUGUCAAUGAGCCCUACAUCAAGAAAAUGGCUGCUGAAGCUACGCAGUGGCAGAAGACUGGCGCUGCACCUCCUUCUGGUUCUGCAGUGAGUACAGCCCCAGUUUCCAAACCAAUGGCCAAAAUGUCAAAGAACAAAAAGAAGAAGAUGAAGAAGAAGCAAAAGAAGCAGGCAGAGCUACUGGAGAAGAGGAUUCAGGACAUGGAGGGAGGGACGACACCUGAAGGAGGAGCAGAAGAAGAGGAUGAUGAGGAGACAACGACAACAGAGACCACCGAAGAUGCAACGUCCUCAGCCACCCUCUCCUCGUCUGCCACGCUGCAGGACAUUGCCAGCCAUGCAAUGACAGACUCGACUCCUGAUGAGCAGCUGCAGCAGACGGCAGAGGAAGAUGAACACAGAGAGGAUGCAGCCGAGGACGACAACAGGAUGGAGGUGAACUGCAACGGACACGCCUCCACACCGGAGAGCGAGAGCAGCCAGGAGGUACAAGGGACCAAGCUGUCGACGGAGGAGCAGGAGGACCAACUGAACGCAAAUCGACCAGAAAGUAACUCGGAGGCUGAGGACUCGUUAGGUAACAAAGAAGAGCAACAGACCUGUAACGGUUCACCCGAGGACCCACAGCAAUUUCCUGCCUCUGUCAGCCCAGACUCUGUCACUGUGGAGCUGAAGGAGGGAGACAAGGAGGAGAAGAUGGACACUCGCAGGGAGACCAAAAAAGAGGAAGAAGACGGCAGUAUUGAUGCAUCAGCUAGUUUGUUAGUAGACCCCCUGGAGCCUGCUAAUGCUGACAAGCUGCAGGUCAAGAUUGCUGACUUGGGCAACGCCUGCUGGGUGCACAAACAUUUCACAGACGACAUCCAGACGCGGCAGUAUCGUUCUCUUGAGGUGCUGACAGGAGCCGGAUACAGUACACCUGCAGACAUCUGGAGCACAGCAUGCAUGGCCUUUGAGCUUGCCACUGGAGAUUAUCUGUUUGAACCCCACUCUGGAGAAGACUACUCCAGAGAUGAAGAUCACAUAGCGCUGAUCAUCGAGCUGCUGGGUAAAGUUCCUCGGAAGCUGAUCUUGGCAGGCAAAUACUCAAAGGAGUUUUUCACCAAGAAAGGCGACCUGCGUCACAUCACCAGGCUGAAGCCAUGGGGGUUGCUUGACGUGUUGGUAGAAAAGUACGAGUGGUCCAAAGAUGAGGCACACACCUUCAGCAGCUUCCUGCUGCCCAUGCUGGACCUGGUGCCUGAAAGGAGGGCCACGGCAGCCCAGUGCCUCUCCCAUCCAUGGCUGACGUCCUAGAGGCCAGCCACACACACCUCCACCCUCCAUAUUGUGAACAGAUAAAUUAAGUUUGAAGAUCCUGGGCUUGAAAACACACAGUAAACAAACGCAUUCAUGUCUGCCAGACCAUGAGACUGCAUCGUGCCUGCAUCCUCCUGUUGUGGCUCUGUGAGGCGACACACACAUUCAUUAUUACAAUAAAAAGAGAGACUGCUGCCGAGGCUUAGUCCUGAUUUGGAUUACGCUGGUGUUUGAAGGAACUCUUGGUUCUCUCCCUAUAUUUAUGACUUCUCUUCUUCAUGGCUGCGCAGGACUUUUUUUUUCUAUCUGAUCCUAGCUCUUUCUCUGCAGCACAUAAUUAUCUGUUAGUUAUAGAUAAAGGAUUUAAAAGGAGGUUGCACUUGUCUACAAAUGCAGAGGAAGGCAGGAUGUUAACAGAAACGUAAAGAUCACCACCAAAAUCGCAUACUGUUUAGGUAAUAAGUCGAAUCUGUCUCCUGUUUGUCGGUCAUCACGUGAGCUGUGCCAGCUUUUAUGCCUUUGGCUGUCAAAUGUGUGCAAAGUGCUCAGAGUUAAUAAGUGUUUUAUGCUAACAGGCAUGAAUUAGAGACUAACAAUGUUCUUAGCACUGUUAGCUUUAUCCUUAAAACCUUUGUACAUUUAUAUACAGGCAGAGCUACAUGAUCACAAAGCAUACAUUUCAUCCGUUUUCAAUUUGUUCAGCAGGUCCAGAGAGACGCAUCUGAAAUCAAGUCUACUUUUCAGGAAGCUGUGCAAUCUCAGAUUUUUCAGCAUUAUCUCAUGAUGUCUUAAUGAAGCACUUGGUACAAAAUGAUGUGAAAAACAUUCAGAUUCCUUCUCUACUCCAUGAAAUGCAAAUUUACUUAAUCUGUCAUUUCCAACAUGCAGUCAAACCAUAUGUGGAUCCACACUGUCAGUACAGUCCAGUGUACCAAAGAGUCGGCCUUUAGUCUCUCCCUCUUUGCACACUUUCUUGAAGAGACCGUCAGCGGUGCAGAUUUAAGGUGCAAGCUGAAAGGUUUGAGCUUUCUCGCCCUCCUUUUUUAGAAUUGCCUUGAAGAAUGUUCCAGUCAGUUCAAGUUGUGUAAAAACAAAGGUUUCGUUCUAAGAUAAGGGCACACGGAGGUGUUGGAUUAGAGAAGAACAGAUUGUACUAAAAACAAAUGUAACAACGCUUUGAAUCCCUUCAAAUCCAUUUUGCUUGUUUUUCUACAAAGUCUCCUUCUGUCCAUGUCUUCUCUCUUAAUUUGAUUGUUAAUUUCUUUUCUGUAGGUGAUAAGAAUAAAGAUUUUUCAGAAUCUAA